CUCAACUAUCUACUGUUUUCAGGUGUAGGUUAUUGUUUGUUCCACAGAUGGAAACUAAAACUAACUCCGGUUCGAUGGGAGUUCAGCUCGAUUACGGCGCGCUAACGUGCGCCGGUGAGGCGUUAGCGGCUUUGCUUGUCUCAGCUUUGCUCAGAAGCCAACUCUUGGCUCUGGAUUGUUAUGGGUUGUCACCAAUUAGCAAAGCCUUUAUCGAAGAUGUUCAUGCCCAAUGCAAAAGCAAACCAGUUGACGCUGAGGGAGAUGGCGACAAUGAAGAAGAUGGAGAUGACGAUGAUGGUGAUGGUGGGUUUGGAGAAGGUGAAGAGGAAUUGUCAUCUGAAGAUGGAGGCAAUUUUGGCAAAAACUCCAACAGCAACAACAAGAGUAACUCAAAGGAGACAGAAGGUGGAGCAGGUGGUGCAGAAGAGAAUGGCGAUGAAGAUGACGAUGAUGAAGAAGAUGGUGAGGACCAAGAUGAGGAUGAUGACGAUGAUGAGGAAGACGAUGAUGAAGAGGACGAUGGUGGAGACGAGGAUGAGGAAGAUGUAGUGGAGGCAGAAGAAAAUGAAGAGGAAGAAGAAGAGGAUGAGGACGAGGAAGCACUUCAGCCACCCAAGAAAAGGAAGAAGUGAACUAGUAGUAAAGCUAGUACGCCAGCGAGAGGAGGCCCCAGUGUUUAGAUUAUUAUAUGUGACUUGUCUAAUUUAAUGGUCUUAUUUAGCUCAUGGAGGCUUUUUUAGGAUGCUGUUUAAUUGAUGACUAUUUUCAUUUACAUAAUUCGAGAACCUUAAUAUUACUGUUGA